AUGCUUUCGAGAAUAAUAUGCCUUGAUGAGCCAGUGUGCAAGGGCAGUGCGAAGUCGGCGAACGAGUGCGCGCAAGACAAGAGUGCCAACCAGAGUGUGAGUUCAGAAACUCGUGUGCAAAGAUGCAGCCUAAGGAAAGUCCAACCGUCCUUGUGGGACGAUGAGAAGUGGCUUGUGAGGAAAGAGUUCACACGGGUCCGCCAUGCCUCGGCCUUACAGAAGCAGGAGGACGUUUACAAGCUCACCGCCGAGAUGCGGAGCUACUUGACGUGGUACCGCAGGAGCGGCAUGGAUCCUUUCUUUCACCGGAAGUCCGAUCGAGUUGUUCUCGCCGUUCUUCAUGUCGAGGACGGAGGCCAAGCUCGUUUUGCACGUGGCAUCAACAGCGAAGUCUCCUUGCCUACUGGUUCGAUCUGCGCUGAGCGCGCAGCGAUUGGGAACGCACGAGCAAACUAUCCUGGCGUCGUGUGCAGCCAUAUGAAGGGGAUUGCCGUCCUCGAGGUCCCCUCCACCGUGCCCUACGGCGGGGAAAACCCUGUGGCGCUGCAGAACCCCUUGCCGCCCUGCGGAGCUUGCCGGGAGUGGCUGAACAAGAUCCAGGAGGAGAGCCCUGGUUUCUACGUCCUGACUUUUGAGGACUUAUCACUGGACGUUGUCCAUGAGCGCUUUCUCUUCUGGUCGCAGGAGGAGACAGAGAUGGCAAAGAAAGACCUUGGGCCGUGGACGUGCAGCCAGUGCGGUCAUGAGAACAUCCCACUGAGUUCCAUCUGCGGCCAGUGCCACGUGGACCGCUUCUCGAUGUCUUACUUGAACGCGCCAAAGAAGCGCGUCUUUUACAACAUAAUUCAGGCCCUUUCUGCGCAUGGGCCAAUGACACUGGAGGUUGCUUCGCACACGUUUAUCAGACUGACUGCAACGAUCUGGCAGUAUAAGCAAAGCUUAUGUGCCGCGGCAGCAGGUACAGGACGCGUAGGACUUCCAGAAUUUCAUGUGAAACUGUCGCCCAGAAGCGUGGAGUCUAGAUUGCAAGCGAAGGGGACCACACCGAAGGCGAUAAUGACAAAGCUGAAGCUGCUACAAAGAAGUCCUAAGGGCUCGAACUCCAUCCUUCGCCUCGACACGGAGAAUCGAUUCCAUGUCACGGAGACAGGGCAGCAGUUCUUGAGCAGGCGCCACGAGCACUGGCCGCAGAAGCACGCACAGGAGACUGCCGGCAAGCCUGCGAAGCACGUCGCACCUGCUGUUGAGCCGACCGAAACCUUGUGUAUAGCUGGAUCAUGCCAGCAGCCGCAUGCCGGCGGACAGAAAGGGAGAUCUGGAUCAUUUGUCUGGACGAGAGAGCGGAAGGAGAAACGACUGCAACAGUCUGCCGUGAAUCAAGCGCUCCGACAUGGGAUGCGCACAUUGAGACCAUUCCUUAUUUGUUGCUGUUUUGUUGGCUCCAGCUGCAUCCUAGCAGUGACGAGCCGUACUGACGCAGCAAAAGCAGAAUUCUCGUGCAGAUGUUUACAGCAGCAAGAAGCGCAGCAGCGAACUUUGGUGAAAGCUAGCGUAAAGCUUCGCGCAGCAAUGUCAAAAUCUCCCGAGGAGGAUGAGCUGACAAAGAUUCAGGCUGCUCUGGCACAGCGUGAGGCCACCUGCCUGCGGCUGGAAGGCGAGAACUUUAUUCUCAAGGCCCAGGUGCAGCAGAUGCAGAACGGCUCGCUGGAAGUGACCAAAGAGGUGAGGUCCUGCCAAUCUUACCUGGCGCAGGCUCAGCAGGUCUUGGAGUGCAUCGUCAGCAAUCGAAUGUCACUUCGUGCCGAUGCGGAGCAAGUUCGUGCCAUCCUCGCUGCUGCUCGUCGUUCCGUGCGAAAGGUGCUGAAUAUGCAAGAAGGCACGACAGGGUCCCCCACAAAGGAUAAGGGAGGAUCGGGACGCGGGUCCCCGGCAAAGGAAAAGGGAGGCUCGGGACGCCUUGAAAAAACGUCUUCGCCGUCAUUUACUCGCCCUCGCACCUCGGCAAGCUCGGCCAGCUCGGCGCAUCGGCCUCCAAAGGGCUUUCAUGGACUUUACGGCGAGACGGGCAGCAGCCAGGACCGGCCGCGAGUGAAUUCUGCGCUCGCCACGCGCCGUGCUGGUGCGAUCUCCAGAUUUUUCAGGCCAAGAGCCCAAAGGUGA